AUGAGACGAUACACGCUUGCACAACGUAUUCAAAUUGUGAAAAUUCACUAUAAAAAUGAUGAAAAUUUCGCGGAGACAAUUGGUAAAUGUCAUACUCUUUUCUGUCGAAAUAAAAAUCCUUGUUUGGAUCUCCUCCAAGUUUUGGAUGUAAAGAACUCAAAGCGUGCUCGGCCGGUCAGAUCUGUUGAAAAUAUCGCAGCUGUAGCUGAAAAUGUUGCAGCAGAUCCGAAUUUAUCGAUUUCAAGGAGUUCCCAACAAUUGGGUAUCGAACAAACUAGCCUGCACCAAACCAAGGAUGAAUCAGAGUGUCCAGGACCUCUGAAAUACUACAAGUCACUUGAUUGUACUCCAGUAUACAAAAAUCCUACUGACCGUUGUCCUGAGUCGUAUGACUGUAGCCAUUUGACGAAACUGUCAAAGGACAAGUGUUACGUGAAUGGCCACGAAUAUAGUAUAAAUGAAACUUUAAGAGAGGAAGACGCAAAUCCUUGCGAUAUAGGCUGCCGUUGUCUGAAGAGUUACUCUGACGACAGUGUAGCCGUCUUUAUAUGCGCGAUAGUAGACUGUUUCCAUGGGUCAUCUAAACCAGGCUGUUUCUUCAGAAGGUCGCCCAAUCUGUGUUGUGCAGGAGAGGAAGUUUGUAUGGAAGACAAAGAGAGGGCAACUUGCGAGGUAGACGGCAAGGUAUACAAAGACGGUGACCACUUCGAAAUAAAAUCUGAUCCGGAGCUGAGUUGUUAUUGCAUGCCAGGGUACAAAGGUGAAAAUGUUGAACCCUUCUGCAAGAGGCCAAAUCACGAUUACUGCAGUCCAUUGUUCCGAUAUGCUGCCAACGUAUACAAUGGAUGUGCGCCCGUCUAUUACGAUACCCAGAAUCCGCGAACGUCUUGCAGCGCGUACUCUAGAUGUCCAAAUGAGAACGACACUAUUAUCCGCAAUCACGACAGCUCUAAAUCCAUUGACACAGAUGAAAGUAAAACGUGUCGUUUCGGUGACAUGAUCAUGAACAUUGGUGACGAACUGAACGAGGGAACCGACUACUCUUCUAAUUGCAUGAAAUGCGUGUGCGAAGUACCACCAGUACCAACAUGUCAACGACGGCCGUACAACGAAUGCUAAAACAGAAAGUCUGUCACAUUCAACAAAAAAUGAAUCCAAUCGUGCCACUUACAAUAAUUAUUUACUCUUAAUCCUCGAUAACAUUAAGUUCGUACGCCACCGGUAGGGAGAAAUCUAUUUCUCUAAAUUUCUUUUACUCGAAACACGUUUUUUUUUCAUGCUAACUGUCUGCCAUUAAAAAUAGGAAAUUAGUAAAUUAAAAUAUAAACGAAAAACCUGCUGCUACGUUUUAAGCCUCAGAAACCACACUCCAACGCAGCAUACGUAAACACCACGCUAGUGCAAAUUGGGAUAUUGAAUUUUUGAUGAUCAUAAACUUCAAGAGAAUAACAGCAAAUUGAACUUAUAUUUUUUACGGUAAUAUUUUCUCGGCGAUUCAAUGGUAAUAAUUGCAAAAGUGGAAAAUAAGUUUUUAACUGUGAAAAUUUGUUAUAAAGAAAUGGUAAAAACAAAACGAACGGACGAAACAAUGUUUUGCAGGUGCAAAUUCGCACUAGUGUAGUGUCUGAAGGUUAAAAUUACGAAAAAAAAGUAUGAUGUAUUCACGGUCCGUGGCCUUGAAGGUUAAAAGGAAGAGCCUUGUGUAACUUCGAAAGACAACGUGUGAAGAAUACGACAUCGAAUACGUGUGAUAUAAGUGGCGUGCCAAAAGAAUGGGACUACAAUGUUUUCGUAAUAACUUUUAGAUUCGAAAUUGUACAAACGUUCUGACAAUACAAAACACUCAUUUGAUAUUAACGCAUAAGUGCAUAAGGAUAAACAAUUUCUGAGAAAGGUAUGAUGAUAGAUAUUUAUUAAUAUUAACAAUGAGGGUGUGUAAAAAUAUCGGGGCCAAGACUAGUUUUCAAUGUAAAUUACAAACAUUUUUCAAACGCAAAUAAAAAGUGUUCAUGUUUUCUAACACCUA